AUGAAUUUCUUUAUCAGCCUCAUCGUCCUCGUCCAUCUCGUUUUGUCUGUCGUUGCCUUGCCCAUCAGCACUCAAGCUGCCGAAGCAAUUAUAUAUGAUAUCAAAGCCAUCGGGAAGCAGCUCACAAGUACCGCAGGCCUCCUACAGCGUUCAACUAACAAUGACGCCCCACAAGCUAUAGCUUACCCUUUUCUGACUCCUUUUGACGUACCUGACGCCCACGCCAUCCUCGACGCCACGAAAGAAGUGCUUAUUCCUCUGCUCACUCUACUGCAGCAGCUCCUUACAGAUGCAGCCAUUCGCUUUCGUCGUCAACUCGGAUCACCUGCCUUCCGGGUUCUAGCCAAAUCCGUAGGAGUUUCCGUGAAUGCAUUCCUGGAGGGUACCUCGGUGAUCCAGAAGAGACUCACAGGAGUCGCUGUCAGUAGUGCCAUCAAGUCUCAGUUGUAUCACCUCGAUGUGGCUUAUGGCCUCAGCUUGCCGCCAGGGGGCCGUACUUGA